GCUAAAGGAUAUAACCAGGAAAAACAAAGGUUAUUUGUUCAUCCUCGUUACCUCUUACUACAUUAUUACCUAUUACUGCACCUAUGGCAGUGUGUUGAUGGGGAAAAGCAACGAGUCAGGAGAACUUGUGGCUACCAAAAGAAUGAAAAGGAAGUUCUAUUCUUGGGAUGAAUGUAUGAAUUUGAGAGAAGUCAAGUCUCUGAAGAAGCUAAAUCAUGCCAACAUAAUUAAAUUGAAAGAAGUCAUACGAGAAAAUGACCACCUUUACUUUAUAUUUGAAUACAUGAAGGAAAACCUAUACCAGUUAAUGAAGGACAGAAACAAGUUGUUUCCUGAGUCAGUCAUCAGAAACAUGAUACUAUCAUAUUUGGAGAACUCUCCUCCGGGUCAGUGGUCUCCACGUUACUCGGAUCAGCGGAUGCUUGGGCCAUGUCUGCCUCUCGUCGCUCAGACUGCAAGGACAGAAGCACAAGUCAGCAACACUCCGGGCUGCAGGCGAGCACAGCGACGACACGCAACCACCUCUAAGGCAGGUGGACAGAUGAGGAUGGGACAGAGGGAACUGCACUCCAGGCUUCACUCAGUGCAGGAUUUUACCACCUCACGUCCGAUGGCAAAACGCUUUGCGCUGAUCCGCCCGAAGCACGACACCCCACCAGUGAGAACCACCACCGGAAGGGUGGGUGUAGCAGACCGUAAGGCACGCCAAAGGUUGUCCCUGCGCACACCGGAGCCACCUUCAGAUCCCCCCAAACCUGAGGCGGCAGCUGGGAACCAGGAAGGUUCCCUCACCUCUUCUCACAACACAGCCAAGACAAAGACAACCAACCGUGCACAAUACUCUGCAACCCAAACUAUGUCCUAG